ACUCUUGUCGGCGAUAAUCUGUUGAAGGACGCCAAGAUGCGUCAUCUGCCACCUUAUCUGUUCAGAGGCAUCUUUUCCUACACGAAUGCCACACCUGGAUGGUCGAGCGGCGAUUCUGUGGCAGCUCGAGUUGACGAUCAUGUUUGCAAAUUCAGCAUGACAGUACGCUGGCGAGCUAACUGCUCCUGGGUACGACGGGGGGGGGGAAGGGCGACUGACGUGUUGCUGCAUUUUCGUUUGCCGGAAAGCUAAUUGCUUUUCGGAGUCUGUGUGAAUCGUUUUAACGGACAACCCUUCAACAACGGCAGUGCCUGCGAUUCACUGGGCAACGACCCAACUAGUCGAUGAUACACUCAUACUUACAUCAUUGUUCCUCAAAGGUAUCCGUACGCUGUAAAUGCGGCGUUUUGCGCCGCGCUUUAAUGUUUGUGCACAGAACACGGGAGUCCUGCUUUAACUUGGUGUAGAGGAUGGAUGCAGAACAACAGGCUUGUCGGGCUUACGUUGCCCGGCGUGUCAUUUCCCUCAUUGAUGCGACAGACCUUUCUGAAGGGUCAACCGAACAGUCGGUUACUAAACUUUGUGAGGAUGCUCUGAAAAUCCCUCGCGCCGCGGCUGUGUGUGUAUGGCCUUCGGCAGUCAAGUUUAUCAAAAAGGUGCUUCCCAGUCGUCUGCCAGAGGCUGCAGAGCUCACGGUUGCUACGGUCCUGAAUUUCCCCUCUGGCAAAGGUAGUGUCGAAGUGGUGACCUCUGAGGCUCUCCGUGCUCUCAGUGACGGGGCCGACGAAUUGGAUCUUGUAGUGGACUGGGAGCUGCUAAACCGCGACGCUAACGCUGGCGAGGCGGCACUUCGAACUCUCGUUUCUGCAGUCCGGAAGGUCUCAGGCUCAGCAGUGCUGAAAGUGAUUCUUGAGACGGGAAUGCUCUCCAGUGAUGUGCCUGAUCUGGUCGUCCGCGCGAGCAAGGCUGCGUUGGAAAGUGGAGCAGAUAUGCUCAAGACAUCAACAGGAAAGGUCACCGUAAAUGCGACCCUGCCCGCCGUCAGAGAUAUGUGUCGUGCCAUAAAGGAGUACCAGGAGGUGCAUAAAGAUAGCAGGAUUGUUGGCAUCAAAAUAGCGGGAGGAGUGAAGUCUCUCGACGUUUGUGCACAGUAUUUGAAUCUGGUCUCGGAUGCACUCGGUGCUGAUUUUGUCACGAAGAGAACAUUUCGCAUCGGUGCCUCCUCACUUCUUGCAGGAGCCCGGGAAUUCGUUCUGUAAAAUGGCUUUUUCAGGACACUGGGACAAGCAUGAUUGCUGUUUCAUGAUAUGAUCU